AUGGGGGUUGUAAAAUUUGAAGACAUCCCUAGUACAGAAAACCCGUUGCUAAAUCAUGGUGAUCAAGGGGUAAAUGCAAUUGGGGAUGCCGAUAUGAGAAAUAUCAAAGAGGAUGUGACCGAGGUGAGAACGCCGAUAAAAAUAAUUUGGGAAGAAAUGGUGAAAAGAGAGAUGAUAAUCUCUAAAAGGAGGAAUAGAGGAGUGAGAGACUACUGCGAAUUCCAUGCUGAAGAGGGACACAAGAUUCAGGAAUGUGACGCGUUUAAGGCCUUGGUACAAAGCCUUAUGGAUAAUAAGGAGCUGGAAUUUUAUGAAGCUGGUUCAUAUAAGAGCAUAUGCAUAUUAGAAGGUGGAUCGAAGAAUCAAAACCAGCCAAGAAUCAUUAUUUCUUUACCAAGAAAUAAUGAAGUUGAAAUACCAACGGUACCGAAAGUCAUUAUUCAUAAACCUGUUUCCUUUCUUUGUAAGGAUAACAAUAGGGUACCUUGUAAUUAUAGCUGCAAUGUGACAAUGCCAGAGAAGGAAGAUAUAGCUAGUGCCUCUAAGGAGGUUCAAGAUGAGGGUUCUUAUACAUGUAGUGGGAAACGUUAUGAUGCAGAAGGCGUUGGAGUUGAGCCCGCAAAAGCAAAAGCCUUGAAGGAGGAAGAAGCCAGAGAAUUUCUAAAAUGCUUGAAACAUAGUGAGUACAGUGUAGUUGAGCAAUUACGCAAACAACUAGCUCGUAUAUCAGUAUUGGCUUUGCUUCUGAGUUUAGAAGUACAUCGUGAGGCGUUAAUGAAGGUGCUCAAUGAGACUUAUGUUACUAAUGAUAUAUCGGUCAACAAGUUGGAUCAACUGGUUAGUAACAUAAGUGCUGACAAUUUCAUUUAUUUCAACGAUGAUGAAAUCCCACCUAGAGGCAUGGGAUCAACUAAGGCUUUGCACAUUACCACUCGUUGCAAAGGAUAUACAUUGCCGAGUGUGCUUAUUGAUAAUGGGUUAGCCUUAAACUUCAUGCCAUUGUCCAUAUUGAACAGAUUAUCCAUUGACAGUUCUCACAUGAAAACAUGCCAUAAUGUAGUGAGAGUAUUUGAUGGCACGGAGAGAAAGGUCAUGGGAAGAAUUGAUAUUCCUUUGAUGAUUGGGCCAAACACGUAUGAGGUGAACUUUUUAGUAAUGGACAUCAAACCCUCUUACAAUUUCCUAUUGGGAAGACCUUGGAUACAUUCGGCAGAAGCGGUGCCCUUAUCUUUUCACCAAAAAUUGAAGUUAGUAGCCGAUGGACGGCUAGUCACCAUAAAUGUGGAGGAGGACAUUAUAGCGACAGCUACCAGUGAUGCACCAUAUGUGGAAGAAAAUAAGGAGGCCAUUGAGUGCUCUUUUUGUUCCUUAUAA